AUGGGCGCCAGGGAUUUCACUGCCAUGCCCAAGGGAACCGUUGGAGUAGAAGAGCGAAUGUGUGUUGUAUGGGAAAAAGCUGUUCGCACUGGACGAAUUGACCCUAUGCGAUUUGUAGCUGUAACGUCAACGAAUGCGGCGAAGAUGUUCAACAUGUACCCUAAAAAGGUAAAGCAUAUUUUACAGAAGAUGCACUAGCA